UGUGUUUAUAUGUCUUUUGUAGGGAAAGAGAGAGAAGCAUCCUAAGGGAGGGUGGGUGGUGGUGCAGUUUUGUUGAUCUCAAGGCUUUGCUUUUCUUCAUUUUUUAAAACUAUUGUUUAAUUUAAAGUGUUUUUGUUUGGAUAGUUUAAUUUAUUAUAGAAAAUGAAAGAAAAGACCAAAUAGGUAGAGCUUGUUGCUGUUUAGAGCUUGAGUUCAAGGCAAGCAAGAAAUAUAGUGUGUGAGAGAAAAAUGGGAAAGAAGCAAGCACAAACAUAGAGAAGAAGCAAAACCCAAUGAUGCAAAACCGAGAAGAAAGGUUUGGAAAUUGAGGCAAAUGUCUAUGCCCAGCUCGAGGCAAUCUUCUUCAUUCUUUAUCUCCUUUUUCUUCUUCUUCUUCAGUGCUGCAACUUUUGCAGCUCCAAACCAUGAAUCUUCCAUUCUCUUCUCAUGGAUACACUUUUCUCCAACUCUACAUUCCUCUUUUUCCAACUGGAACAGUCUUGACUCCACUCCAUGCAACUGGACCUACAUAACAUGUUCCCCACAAGGUUAUGUCACCGAAAUUAAUAUACAGUCAGUCCCUCUUCAGCUUCCUUUACCAGCCAAUCUUUCUGCUUUUCAAUCUCUCAAAAGACUAGUCAUCUAUGAUGCAAAUCUCACAGGCACUAUCCCACUUGACAUUGGUUAUUGUUCACAACUUACUACCAUUACCCUUGGCUCCAACAGUCUGGUUGGCUCCAUCCCUGCAAGUAUCGGUAGGCUUCAGUAUCUCCAGGACUUGGUUUUGAGCUCUAAUCAGCUAACUGGGAAAAUCCCAGUUGAGCUAGGUAACUGCACAAGUCUCCGGAAAAUAGAGAUUUAUGAUAACCUUCUAAGCGGGACUAUCCCUGCUGACCUCGGGAACUUGUCUCUUCUUCAAGUUCUUCGAGCUGGAGGGAACAAAGACAUUGUGGGAAGAAUCCCUGAUGAGAUUGGGAACUGCAGCAACUUGACUGUGUUGGGGCUAGCUGAUACAAGAGUUUCAGGUUCUUUACCAGCUUCACUUGGGAAGCUAAGCAAGCUCCAAACCUUGUCUAUAUACACCACAAUGCUCUCUGGUGAGAUUCCUCCUGAAAUAGGUAACUGCUCUGAGCUUGUAAACUUGUAUCUUUACGAAAACAGUCUAUCAGGAUCGAUCCCACCGCAGAUUGGUAAACUUGAAAAGCUUGAAUCACUGUUCUUGUGGCAAAAUAGUCUUGUUGGGAGUAUUCCAGAAGAGAUUGGCAACUGUAGUAAAUUGAUAAACAUUGAUCUUUCUUUGAAUUCAUUAUCUGGAACCAUACCUUUGUCUUUGGGGGGUCUUUCGGAGCUUCAAGAGUUUAUGAUUAGCAACAACAAUGUCUCUGGUUCAAUACCUUCAACUCUCUCCAAUGCUAGUAAUCUUCUGCAGUUGCAGCUUGAUACAAACCAGAUUUCUGGUUUGAUUCCACCAGAUCUGGGAAUGUUGUCAAAGCUUACUGUUUUCUUUGCCUGGCAAAACCAGCUUGAAGGAAGCAUCCCUUCAUCUUUGUCUCGCUGUACAGGUCUUCAAGCAUUGGAUUUGUCGCACAAUUCUCUCACUGGUAGCAUUCCUCCUGGCCUGUUUCGACUCCAGAGCCUGGCAAAGCUUCUACUUAUUUCCAAUGACAUUUCUGGUUCUAUACCCCCAGAGAUCGGGAAUUGCACCUUCCUUGUGCGCUUAAGGCUUGGUAACAACAGGAUCAUUGGUGGUAUUCCUAGAGAAAUUGGGAGCCUCAAGAGAUUAAAUUUUCUUGAUUUGUCUAGCAACAGGCUUUCUGGAGUUGUUCCAUAUGAGAUUGGGGGUUGCACGGAGUUACAAAUGAUAGACCUCAGCAACAAUAUUCUACAGGGUCCCCUUCCCAUUUCAUUGUCAUCUCUAUCUGGCCUCCAGGUUUUGGAUGCCUCAUUCAAUCAAUUUGAUGGCCAAAUACCAGCAAGCUUGGGCCGUCUUGUGUCAUUGAAUAAGUUGAUAUUUAGCAAGAAUUCCUUGUCUGGAUCAAUACCUUCUGCCCUAGCCCUCUGUUCCAGUCUCCAGUUGCUUGACCUUAGUAGCAAUAAGCUCACUGGUGGCAUCCCAUUGGAACUUGGCCGAAUAGAAGCCCUUGAGAUUGCUCUUAACUUGAGUUGCAAUGGACUCACAGGGCCAAUCCCUCCUCAAAUAUCUGCACUUAGCAAGCUGUCCAUACUGGACAUUUCCCACAACAAGCUUGAAGGAGACUUGGCUCCACUUGCAGCGCUUGAUAAUCUCGUUUCUCUCAACCUCUCCUACAAUAACUUUGAAGGUUAUCUGCCUGACAACAAGCUUUUUAGGCAGUUACCACAAGCAAACCUGGCUGGAAAUGAAGGCCUAUGUCCUACAAGCCGGGACUCUUGCUUCUUGGGAAGCGAUGGCAGGGCGGGGCCAUCAAGGACUGAAAAUGAGAUGAGGCGGUCGAGGAGACUCAAGCUAGCAGUAGCUUUGUUGAUCACCCUAACAGUAGCAAUGGUUAUUAUGGGUACAAUCGCGAUUAUAAGGGCUCGAAGAACCAUUAGAGACGAUGAUUCAGAGUUGGGAGACUCAUGGCCAUGGCAAUUCACUCCCUUCCAGAAGUUAAAUUUCUCAGUAGAGCAAAUUCUGAAAUGCCUGGUGGAUUCCAAUGUGAUUGGAAAAGGGUGUUCCGGGGUUGUUUAUCGUGCUGAUAUGGACAAUGGUGAAGUCAUUGCAGUGAAGAAGCUGUGGCCAGCAACAAUAGCACCAUCCAAUGGAUGCAACGAUGACAAAAGUGGGGUUCGUGAUUCCUUCUCGGCCGAGGUGAAAACGCUUGGUACUAUCCGUCAUAAGAACAUAGUUAGAUUUUUGGGUUGUUGUUGGAACAGAAAUACAAGAUUGCUCAUGUAUGAUUAUAUGCCUAAUGGAAGCUUGGGGAGUCUCCUCCAUGAGAGAACUGGGAAUGCUUUGGAAUGGGAACUUAGGUACCAAAUAUUGUUGGGGGCAGCACAAGGCCUUGCUUACUUGCACCAUGAUUGUGUCCCUCCUAUUGUCCAUAGGGACAUCAAGGCUAAUAAUAUCCUAAUUGGCCUUGAGUUUGAACCUUACAUUGCUGAUUUUGGCCUUGCCAAGCUUGUAGAUGAUGGUGAUUUUGCUCGCUCCUCUAACACUGUUGCUGGUUCUUAUGGAUAUAUUGCUCCUGAAUACGGUUACAUGAUGAAGAUUACAGAGAAGAGUGAUGUUUAUAGCUAUGGUGUAGUGGUGUUGGAAGUACUGACGGGAAAGCAACCGAUUGAUCCGACAAUACCAGAUGGACUACACAUAGUAGAUUGGGUUAGACAAAAGAGGGGAGGAAUCGAAGUACUUGAUCCGAGCCUACUGUCUCGACCGGAAUCUGAAAUCGAGGAAAUGAUGCAAGCUUUAGGAGUAGCCUUGUUGUGUGUAAAUUCAUGCCCAGAUGAAAGACCAAACAUGAAAGAUGUGGCAGCGAUGCUCAAGGAGAUUAAACAUGAAAGAGAGGAGUAUGCUAAGGUUGAUGUGCUACUCAAAGGAUCACCAACCAUUGAUGCCAAGGAAAACAACUCAAGUGGAGUUCAAGCAACAUCAUCAUCAAAACCAGCCGUGCAAAUACAAAGCUUGUAUCCCAAAAGCAAUAACUCCAGCUUCUCUGCUUCUUCUCUACUUUACUCACCUUCCUCCAAUCCUACACCAGGGUUAAAGUAAUAAAAAAGCACAAAAAUGGUUAUAGCUACCCCACAAGGAAGUUCGUUAUGCUUAUUUUCUUUCUUCAGUUUCAAAACCUUUUUUUUUUCGGUUUUUGUUUUGUAUGUAUAAAGAAAAGCUUGAUAUUUGUUAUAAUUAGAUGCAUGAAGGCAAAGAAGGCUUGGAGCACUGUUGUUUACAGCUAAAUUACAAGUGAAAUAACUAAUUUCUCACAGUUCCCCAUC